GGGAAACCUGCGAAGAGGAUUGUGACUCUGGCCAUGUUCAAGGCCUACAUCAAGGAAGCCCUCCCCGAAUCGAUGACCGUCAGGCUCUUCGACGGGAUGAAAAGCGUCCAAGUGUCCGAGAAGCCCUCUGGCCCCAGCGACCAGGUGGAGAAGGAGCAGUUUCUGGUUUUCAUGGCCGCACUCACCAAAGGCUACGCAGAGGAGAAGAGCGACAUUAUCAUGAGAAUGAUAUCGAAGGCGUACAGGACGGUGAAGGGGAGCCAGAUCCUGGAGUUUGCAGAAGACCUGGUUGGCUCCCUGGUCCACGUUUUGAAGUACCGGAAGGAGCUGAAGGGCUGGAGCCUGCAGAAUACCCGAGACCCAGCAGCCGGCAUCAAAGCCUUGGCUUCCCAGUUGGUGUCUGAACUGAAACUGGCAG